AUGUGGUGGGACGAUCCCCCACCGGACGCCGCCUCCUUCGACGCGUUAUGCGCAAAGUCCGGCGGGCGCGUCCGCGCGGGGGAGAGCGCCACGACCGGCGGUGGGCGCGCGCUCUUCGCCACCGCCCCGGUAGCGAAGGGCGAGAUUGUCUUUCGCGAGUCGCCCUCGCUCAUCCUCCAGGACCCGGCUAACAGGCCUCUGGCCAGGGCGUGCGCCCGGUGCCAUUCCAUGCUACGCGGAGCUCCGAGCGAGACCGCGUGCGCGCAGGGGUGCGGCGAGGGUUACUGCGACGAACGGUGCCGCGUCGCACACGUGGAGCAGGGAUCGCACGGACUCCUGUGCGUCGGGCCGAUCGACUCGUGGGAGCAUCCCCUCGCCGCGCUCAAGCUCGCGUGCGCGCGGGACGACGACGGCGACGGGCACCUCGCGCUCAUCGCGGAGAUGUGCGCGUGGUGCAUCGCAUCCGCGGCGCGGCGCGGUGACGCGUCGUCGUCAUCGUCGUCGUCGGGGGCGUCCACAGCCGUCGCCGCCGCUUUGGACGACGCCAAUCUGCGAACAUACGUCGCAGGCGCCGUGUGGGAUUGGACCGGCGCGUCGGGCGGCGACGGCGCCAGGGCGAGGUGCGAGGCGCACGCGCGGAUGAUACGCGAGGCGAUGGCGUCGCACGAGGGAAGCUCGGAAAAGCUGCGCGGCGCGGAGGCGCUGAUGGACCCGGCGAGCGGCGUCGUCGGCGCGAGGGGCGUCGCGGAGCUCGCCGGCGUCUUGGCGCGAAACUCCCUCGCGGUGGCGGUCGAAUCGUCGUCGGCGUCCGCGUCGGCACCCGCGUCGGCACCCGCGUCGGCACCCGGUGACGCGUCGACGUCGAACGCGUCCCCACGCAAACUCGGCGCGAGGUACGAGGGCGUCGCCUUGUUCCCGCUGACGUGCCUCAUGAACCACUCGUGCGAACCAAACGCGGAGGUUCGUUUCGAAGACGCGGGACCGGGCGCCGGCGUCGUCGCGGCGGUGCACGCGCUGCGGGAGAUACGGGUCGGGGAGGAGCUGAGGCACAGCUACGUGGACGAGACGAGGCCGGUUUUCCUCAGGGCGGCGGAUUUGGCGGCGUUUGGGUUCAGGUGCGACUGCGGAAGGUGCGCGCGAGCGCGAGGAGGGUCGUGA